AUGGCCAUCACCAGCGCUAUCAACAACUUCUUCGCCUCCAUCUACGAGCUUCUCGCUUCGGUAUUCAACACCAUCUACGCCGUCAUUCAUUCUAUUCUUUCGGCGGUUCUGGGCUUUGUUCAGGGUGUUUUCAAUCUCAUUAGUGAUGUUGUCUCUGGUCUUGUAGACGUCACCGGUGGUGUUGGCAAGUUUGUAGCCAGCAAUGCUGCUAUUUUGGCCGUCGGUGCUCUGGGUGCUUUUGCGUACGUGAGGUACACUGCGCAGGGAAAGCAGAUUGCGAACAAGAAGACCCAGUAA